GGAGGACUGAAAAAACAGCUGAGCUGUAUUAGGCAACCACAGUCUGGACUGCAUUUCUUAACUGCUGAAUAACACAUCACAGGUGCAGGAUUAGUGCUGCCUGCGGUGCUGGUCUUUUUAGUGGAAACCCCUAGCAAUUCUGUGCCUCCUUCUCAGGUCUCAUCCCGGGAACCUGGCAACCAUCUAUCAAGCGUACAGAAAUCAAAACAAACUUACUUGAUAACAUGCUUUUGCGAAGUUCAGGAAAAUUAAAUGUGGGCACCAAGAAAGAGGAUGGUGAGCGUACAGCCCCCACCCCUCGUCCAAAGAUCUUGCGUUGCAAAUGCCACCACCAUUGUCCAGAAGACUCAGUCAACAAUAUUUGCAGCACAGAUGGAUAUUGUUUCACAAUGAUAGAAGAAGAUGAUUCUGGGAUGCCUGUGGUCACUUCUGGAUGUCUAGGACUAGAAGGCUCAGAUUUUCAGUGUCGGGACACUCCCAUUCCUCAUCAAAGAAGAUCAAUUGAGUGCUGCACAGAACGGAAUGAAUGUAAUAAAGAUCUACACCCUACAUUGCCUCCACUGAAAAAUAGAGAUUUUGUUGACGGACCUAUACACCACAAGGCCUUACUUAUAUCUGUAACUGUCUGUAGUUUGCUAUUGGUCCUUAUUAUUUUAUUCUGUUACUUCAGGUAUAAACGACAAGAAACCAGACCUCGGUACAGCAUUGGGUUAGAACAGGAUGAAACAUACAUUCCUCCUGGAGAAUCUCUGAGAGACUUAAUUGAGCAGUCUCAAAGCUCAGGAAGUGGAUCAGGCCUCCCUCUGCUGGUCCAAAGGACUAUAGCUAAGCAGAUUCAGAUGGUGAAACAGAUUGGAAAAGGUCGCUAUGGGGAAGUUUGGAUGGGAAAGUGGCGUGGCGAAAAGGUAGCUGUGAAAGUGUUCUUCACCACAGAGGAAGCCAGCUGGUUCCGAGAGACAGAAAUAUAUCAGACAGUGUUGAUGAGGCAUGAGAACAUUCUGGGGUUCAUUGCUGCAGAUAUCAAAGGGACAGGGUCCUGGACCCAGUUGUACCUAAUCACAGACUACCAUGAAAAUGGUUCCCUCUAUGAUUACUUGAAGUCCACCACCCUAGAUACAAAAUCGAUGCUGAAGUUAGCCUAUUCUUCUGUCAGUGGCUUAUGUCAUUUACACACAGAAAUCUUUAGUACCCAAGGCAAACCAGCAAUUGCCCACCGAGAUCUGAAAAGUAAGAACAUCCUGGUGAAGAAAAAUGGAACUUGUUGUAUAGCUGACCUGGGCCUGGCUGUUAAAUUUAUUAGUGAUACGAAUGAAGUUGACAUCCCACCCAACACCCGAGUUGGCACCAAACGCUACAUGCCUCCCGAAGUGUUGGAUGAGAGCUUAAAUAGAAAUCACUUUCAGUCUUACAUUAUGGCCGACAUGUACAGUUUUGGACUCAUCCUCUGGGAGGUUGCUAGGAGAUGUGUAUCGGGAGGUAUAGUGGAAGAAUACCAGCUUCCGUAUCAUGAUCUAGUGCCCAGUGACCCUUCUUACGAGGACAUGCGAGAGAUUGUUUGCAUCAAAAAGCUCCGUCCCUCAUUCCCCAACCGGUGGAGUAGUGAUGAGUGUCUAAGGCAGAUGGGAAAACUCAUGAUGGAAUGCUGGGCUCACAAUCCUGCGUCAAGACUGACAGCCCUGCGUGUUAAGAAAACACUAGCCAAAAUGUCAGAGUCCCAGGACAUUAAACUCUGAUGUGAGGGGAAGAAAUAAGCAUCUCUGGAGAAAGCCAGUAGCUAUUCUUCUGUUUGUGGGCAGAGCAAAAGAUGUUCCAGAAGCAUCCACAGUACGAGCCUUGAACAUCAUCCUGCUUCCCAGUGGGUUCAGCCUCACCUCUCAGGGAGCAGCCUGGACAAAGAGAAGUUCCCAGAAACAUGUUCUCAUCGUGUCUGUUUGUAGGAGGGAGAAACCGCUUGGGUAACUGUUCAAGAUAUAUGAUGCAUGUUGCUUUCUAAGAAAGCCCUGUAUUUUGGGAUUGCCUUUUUUUCUUUUUCCAAAAGAUGCUUUAAUUUUGCCAAAAUAGAACAAAUAAUGUAGAUGUUUUAAGGUUUAUACUGUUACAGGUUAAAUAACAACAACGAAAGUUCUUCCCGGAAAUUCUGCUGGAAGGUAAAUUUUAAAAUAUCUUUUUCCAUUAGUGAAAUUUUGUUGCCCUCUGCAUACCAAAAGACAGUCUGUGGAGUUGGAAAACAUAGAAUGGAACUCAUCUGAAAAUCUCCCCGCUUCUGCCUCCUCAGACCACUUUGGCCAGCCCUGCCUUUCGGGGCCGCCACAGCAAUGUGAACGCACCUGGGCACAAAUACCACCUGUCUGGGGCCAAGUUUUGGGAUUCCUGCGGGUGCCCUUUUGUAGCUUCAGACGAUAUGGAACAAAUGAAGGUUUUCUGUGACUCCAUUAGAAGUAGUGAGUGUCGAUGUCAUUCUUCAGAACCACUUUGUGUUUCUGAUUCUUUUAAGGCAUUUCUGUCAUGGUAAAAUCCUUUCCUUUUCAUUAAACACAGACAAAGGUUUUUUGU